GCACUGUCCAGAACUAGUGUGACAGUGUGAGGCUUCCUGAAAAACACCAGGGUCUCAUGACUUGUCCUCUCUGAUCUAUUUUAAACCUCCGGAGGGAGGGAGGGAGGCUGGUGCUUGUGAACUCGUUGAUGUUAAAUGAUCUCUGUCCUUAUCCUUUGCCAUUCAGCUAAAAGUGCAGCCCACGAGGGAUAUAUAAAUAAGGAGUCAAGACACUCGGCUCACAGAGGAUGGCAAGGAGCGGAGUGCACUCAGACAGCUGCAUCUCUAAGCUUCAUUCGUAUCUUCCAAGGAGAAUAUCACUGCCGUCCAUCGUUUGCAGAUUCAACGCUGCUUCCAGAGGAGAAUCUAUUUGCUGAACUGUGAUUCCUGCUAACCCAGGGAAGCAAUGGUCGGACUGAAGCCCACUGACAUCCCUCCAACUGCUACUGUUAAGUUCCUGGGUGCUGGGAUGGCAGCAUGCAUAGCAGAUCUCUGCACCUUCCCUCUGGACACGGCGAAAGUCAGACUGCAGAUCCAGGGAGAGUCCAAGCCUACCAAGAGCGUGAAGACCAUCCACUAUAAGGGCGUCUUUGGCACCAUCACCACCAUGGUGAAGACGGAAGGUCCCACGAGCCUGUACAACGGCCUGGUGGCUGGGCUCCAGCGUCAGAUGAGCUUCGCUUCCAUUCGUAUCGGGCUGUAUGACUCCGUGAAACAAUUCUACACCUCCACAGGGUCGGAGAAUGCCGGCGUUCUCACCCGGUUGCUGGCGGGCUGCACCACCGGAGCCAUGGCAGUCACGUGUGCCCAGCCGACCGACGUGGUCAAGGUGCGAUUCCAAGCCCACGUGAGGCUGACGGAUGGAACCAAGAAAUACAACGGGACUGUGGAUGCCUACAAAACCAUCGCCAAGGAGGAAGGGGUCAGAGGCCUCUGGAAAGGGACGUUACCCAACAUCACCCGCAACGCCAUUGUGAACUGCGGAGAGAUGGUUACCUAUGACCUCCUCAAGGAGAUGCUGCUGAAAUAUCAUCUAAUGACAGACACUUUUCCUUGCCAUUUCGUCGCUGCUUUCGGAGCUGGGUUCUGCGCCACUGUGGUGGCUUCGCCCGUCGACGUCGUGAAGACGAGAUACAUGAAUUCCACCCGUGGCCAGUACAAAAAUGCCUUGAACUGUAUGCUCACCAUGGUGAUCCUGGAAGGACCCACAGCGUUUUACAAGGGGUUCAUGCCCUCGUUCCUGCGGUUGGGAUCCUGGAACGUGGUGAUGUUUGUGACCUACGAGCAGCUGAAACGCGUCAUGAUGCUGGCCCAUGAGACGUAGGCGUCUCCAUCCUAAGCCCCAGGGAGGUCUGUGGGAUGAGACGACAGAGGACAGCCUGGGGGCUCCCGUGGGUUCUCCUCUCCCAGGCAAAGCUGGCUCUCUCGGCUGAACUCUGACCGGGACACACACUCCCAGCCGCUGAGGUGGGGACAUGCGGCUUUGGAUGGACUGUCCGGCAACAGCUGGCUUUUCAAAACCCACUUGUCACAGUCGGUGAGAUGCCAACAUAUAUUACGUUAUUUAAACAUGCCCAAGGGAUGCAAGAUAUUGAAGCGACGAAAAAGGACUAGAAAAAACCAAACCAUCAGUGAAGCCAAACUUUCGAUACGGCCUCUGAGCUCUUCGAACCAUCUUGGAUCCAGGUGCUGCCAUGUGGACAGGAAACUGGAGCAUAAUCCCAGGGUGAUGAUAAAGAGCAAGAGCCGACCGCCCACAGAUGGAACUGCAGUAGGACACCAACCCGAGCUGUCUGCAGUGCACACUAGUCCGUGUUCUGGAGCUGUACUGAGAGGGGGUUACUGGAGGAACAUUGCCCACCCAUGUGGAUCACUCGUGUCACAGGGGAAUAGUGGCCAUUCAACUGUGUCAUUGUUAUUGCCACCUUGCAGCCAUUGCUAAUAAAAGAACUCAGAGGGCCCCCAGGGGAUCCCGUUGCGGGUCUCCUGGCUUUUCCUUGGCAGAUUUAGUUCUUUCUCUCUUUUUCCUCUCUGGCCCAUGCUGAAAGGCCUGUGGAGCAAACCCAGAAGGGACGGCUGAGGGAUCUAAGCAUCGGGUUAGAAAUACCUAGAACGAUCCCAAUGCUUGAAUCCUAGUGGGAUCAGCUCACCCUGAAUCUUUCUGAGCUGGACAAAUGAACCUGCUUCACCGAAAGCACUAACCCAAGGCCAAAGCAACAGCAUCGCCCUGGUCAAUGAAAGACAGUGGCAACUACAGCAGGCAGGCCCCCACCCGAGCAGUGGCAUGGAAUUCACCCCGGUCCAGGUGCAGAAACCUUGUGCUGAAUUUCCCCUUCAGUGCUGAGCUCAUAGGAGUGAUUUGGGGAAGUCUGCUCCAGCAGCACCGGCCCCUUUCCGGCCUCCGUGGUUCACAUCCUAAAGGAUCAACAAGGGCCACACUUAAGGGUCUCUUAAAAACAUCCUUCGCAGGUCCCCUUUAACUGUCCCGGUGGAGCAGUAAAUGGCAUCCCAAAUGAUACAGGGCUUUGCAGAUCAGAAUCACCAGCUUGAGCUACACCUAGUAGCAACACUAACUCAGAGCUUGCAGCCAGAGCAGAGCACCCCUGUGCAGUCAGUACAAGGCUCAUGCAGCACUUAACUGGGAUGGACGCACCCUCCAGGCCAAGUGGGAUACGUGCUGCGUACUCUGCUGUGAUUCACUGCACAGAGGUGAAUUUCACCCUCCGUGCACAGCUGCUCUGUACCCACAGCCAACAGCCCCACGCUCUUUGCAAGCACUGAAAUUCAUAACCCAUAAAGAUUAGCCCAGCACAGCCCCCUGGUGCAGACG